AUGUUUAAAUCCGCAAUUGAAUUAUUACUGUCUGUUCUCAGUAGUCAUACUUUUCGGAGAUUUCGUUUUUUAACGUCAUCGCCGUUAUUAGAACAACUGAAAUUCAUUUUACGGCUACUGUUUCCAGAUUACUUUGGAAAACCGUUUUAUGUUUGUCCGACAACGGAACCAGAAUCCUCUGAGAACUUCAAGAAUCUUAACUUGAGUGAUUUGACAUUGGUGAACACGCUGGGUGAAGGUGGUUUCUCUAAAGUUCAUUUAGUACGACGGAAUUCUAAUAGCCGCCUUUAUGCUCUGAAAGUAAUGGAAAAGCCAAUGUUUGCAAAAAAGGCACAAAGAAAACACAUUAUCGCUGAACGGGAUAUUUUAUUGUCAUGUGAAAAUCCGUAUAUCGUUCGACUUUAUCGUACAUUCCGAGAUUCGGAAAGGCUUUAUAUGCUUAUGGAAUUUUGUACGGGGAGCGAACUUUGGACACUUAUUCAUAAAAAGUAUUGUAUAUUUAUGUUUUUUACCGGUCAUAUUUUUGUUUUUUAUUUAAUUCAGGCUUGUGAAUUAUGUGGAUGUAGUGAUGCUCGAAACAAACAGUACUAUCAACAUCUAACUGAACAGAAUCUGUACAUGCGAGUAGUAUCCUGCAUUAUUAGUACCUGUAUUUUGGACACGAUCGAUUUCGGAUUCGCAAAAAAGUUGGAACCUCAAGGAAAAACGUAUUCUUUCCUUGGCACUCCUCAGUACGUGGCUCCAGAAAUGGUCCUUCAACAGGGUCAUGACACAGCAGUCGACUUAUGGGCUUUAGGGAUUCUUAUCUAUGAGAUGCUUACUGGAGCUCCACCGUUUAUGUAUCAGGACAAUGAGGAAAUUUAUGAAGCCGUACUUCGUGGAUUUGGAGACAGGAAUGUUAUUUGGCCGUCACGCCUUUCAUCUGAAGUCAUUGAUCUGAUCCAGAAACUGUGCCACCCGGAUCCGUAUACACGGCUGGGUUACAGUAACAUGCAAGAAGCUCGGGAGCAUAAAUGGUUUAGAGGACUGGAAUUUAAACGAUUACAACGUUCCAAUUCUGUUCCUCAGGUAACUGCUACGUUCUAA